AUGCCGGUACUGGCGAUGGUGCUGGCAGGGGACAGUGAUGCCCGGGCACAGGGCUGGCUGGGGGUGGCAAAGCCCAUCGUGGGGGUCCCAGGGGACACUGACGACCUGGCACGGGGCUGGCAAGGGAUGGCAAAGCCCAUCGUGGGGGUCCCAGGGGACACCAAAGACCUGGCACGGGGCUGGCAAGGGAUGCCAAAGCCCAUCGUGGGGCUCGCCGGGGACACUGAUGACCUGGCACUGGGCUGGCAACCCUACAGCCUGAACCUGCAGGUGACCUCGGUGCUGUCCCGCUUGGCCGCCUUCCCCCAUCCCCACCUCCACGAGUACCUGCUGGACCCCUACCUCAACCUGGCACCCGGCUGCCGCUCGCUCUUCUCCGUCCUCGUCAGGGUCAUCGGGGCCCUGAUGCAGCGGCUCCAGCGUGUGCCCCAUUUCAGGGCCAAGUUGCUCCUGGUGCGCCAGCAGCUCAUGGGGCUGGUACCCGGCGAGCAGAUGGACCACACGAUGCUCUUCAAGGGGGUGGUGGUGCUGGAGGAGUUCUGCAAGGAACUGGCUGCCAUC